AUGAAAUCACACGUUUUUACGUUCCGUAGUAAGGUUUAUUUUGAAUGUAACCCCGGCUUCAAGUUGGUUGGAGAUAAGUAUCGCCAAUGUCAGGCGAAUCAAACAUGGAGUGGACGUGCGCCAACCUGUAAACGUAAGAAAUGAUGCUACUUAGUGUUUCAUUAGAUGCUGUUUUACUAAGCAAAUGGAAAGCUCUCGAAGAACGGGGAAAGAGCGUGAAAAUACAAAUUAGGGACUCAGCGAGCUCCCCAGAAAUAAAGGUAUCUUGCAAACGACAAGUAACAUUCAUGCCAUAGAUUUCUUUGGGGACGAAUCUUCCGUGAAAAUUCGUGUUACCUGUUAUCCUCCACCGCAGUCCCCACUCCCCUCCCCUUAAACAACUUAAAAAUUUUAUUACGGUCAGUCCUCAAAGCGAUGGAGGAGCGAACAAAUUGGAGCUAAGUUUAUUUGCUGUUGCUUUAUAAUUAUCUCCAUAUUUUUUUUGUCCCUUAAAGCAAUUGAUUGCGGCAGGUUGUCAACUCCACAUAAAGUUUUAAUAGUUUCGGAAACCGGUCACACGCGAUUUGGCGGUUACGUGAAAUAUCGGUGUAAGGAGAAAAGCUACGAGCUGAUUGGCUCAGAGACUCGAGUUUGUCAAAACGAUGAACAGUGGAGCGGAGUGGAACCUUCGUGCCAAAGUAAGUACUAUUCUUUUACAAACUAACUUUAACAUUACACCUAUAUUCAAAAGAAAAUGAUUCAAUAUGCAAAGGCCAACCUACAUCCUUCGCGCAUUCCUGUCUCGCUGUUGUUCAAACUUAGUUUGGUUAUGAAUAUGUGUGUUUUAUGAAAGCCUGCGGUAUUCAAAAUGUCACAGACCGUGCCAUUUCGUUAUUGGCCAUUUAAUCUCAUUAUCACGUGAACGUUUGCGUGGCAAACAAAUUGAAAAUUAAAUCGUCUUAAUAUAUAUGUGAUAAAGUAAGUGAUCCUAAAUUUUACACGCCCUUGUAUUCCUGAAGGAGUUUCACAUUUGAAUUUUUUUUACAGUUAUAAACUGUGGGAAUCCAGAUACCCCAGCUAAUGUGAAACAAGUUAAUAUUACAAAUGGUUUUAAUUAUGGUAGCUCGGUGGAAUUCGCUUGUGAGGCGAAUUACACUUUGGAAGGAUCCAAAAUAAUAACCUGUGGGGAAACAAAAGAGUGGAGUUCAUCUGCCCCAAGUUGCCUUGGUGAGUAAAAUUGUCACUAAAGAAUCGUAAUAGUCCAUUUUACAGUUGCCUGAUUGCCUGCCAAGCCUUUGAAUAGAAGUGAGGCUAAGGUUGAACUUGUUAUGAUACAAACCUUGCUGUUUUUCAAAUGUAAAUUGCUUUGUUAUAUCUAGUUUUGCUAACUAGAUAUUGGUCUCUAUCGCAACAUGGUCACCUUCAGCCUCACUCCAAAUCAAAGGCUUGUCAACUAAGUAAACAACUGUAAGAUGGCCUAUUGAACGUCGUUGUGUUAUAAUGGCGCAAGGAAGGAGGGUAGGGGGUUGCUAUUAUUGGUGCCAACUUCGGAGCUAAACAAAUCAUUAAAUGCUACUAAAUUAAACAAAACAACAACAACAACAAAAACCAAGCAACAAAUAAUUAUCAAAACAAACGCAAGGGGAAAAAAUAGAAAUUGAAAAGUAAAAAUAGCUUUGGCAUCUAAACUUUUACGUAAUAAGUGAUAUUUAUAUAUUGAUUAACUCGACAGUACAAUCGAAUAGUUUUCAGAUUGUAUGGACAUAAGCCAUUUGAUCCAUUUUCCCUAGUAUUCUCUCUGAGCUUAUUUUCUCAUUUAUUAAAUAAAUUACACGACAAACGGAUCCAAAUGCUUACAUUUACACGGAAUUUAUCUUUCAGCUCCAUGUUUAGACCCUGGUGA